UAUUAGUUUAAUAGAAUGACCGAUGAACAUAAUAAAAAUAAAAUCAAGCAUAAUGAUAAUAAAGAAUCUACUAUUCAAUUAAGAAAUAUAAAUAGCAAAAGAGAAGAUUUUUUAGAAUGGAAUGACUAUUUUAUGGCUGUUGCUUUCCUUGCUGCCAUGCGUAGUAAAGAUCCUUGUACUCAAGUUGGAGCUUGUAUCGUUAAUGAAGAUAAAAAAAUUGUCGGUAUUGGUUAUAAUGGUAUGCCACUUGGUUGCAAUGAUGACCAAUUUCCAUGGUCAAAAGAAAAUUUGGAUAAAUUAGAAACAAAAUAUCUUUAUGUUUGUCAUGCAGAACUUAAUGCAAUUUUAAAUAAGAAUGCAGAAAAUAUUAAAAAUUGUACUCUUUAUGUGGGCUUAUUUCCUUGUAACGAAUGUGCAAAAGUAAUUAUUCAAUCUGGAAUAAAAAUAGUUUAUUACAUAUCCGAUAAACAUGCAUCUAAAUGUACAACUGUAGCUGCAAAGAGAAUGUUUGAUGCUGCAAAAGUAGAAUAUAGGCAGUACAAACCUAAAAAUGAAAAAAUAAUAAUUGAUUUUAAUGAAAUAAAUUGGAAUGAAAUGACUCAAUUACCUUCUACACCUUUGAAAGACAAUAGAUCUUAAUGUGAUUAUAAAGUUUGGAAUAUUAUAAAAUAAGUUAAAAAUAUAAUUAUUUUAAUUAAA